GCUUCUUCUAUUACGUCCACAACCAUUUGAAUCAUUUGAAGAGCGCCUAACACAACAUUGCCGCCACCGUCAGCAUAAUGUCUGAAUUCGACUUAACAAAGAAGAUAAGUAGUUUUCUAGAUAAACACUUAACUUUACCACUGCUGGAAUACAUAAGUGUCAAAAAUAUAUAUGAUGAAAAAAGCAUUCUGACGACCAAAUGGGAAGUUCUCUUGGGGACUUCUAUGGUUGAUUAUGCCGCAGAUACUUAUAGAAGUAUAUACGAAACAGAGCCUCCAAAAGGAUUACUUGACAAGAGAGAAAAAGUCUUAGAGAGUAUUCAAGAAACGGAGGUUAAGUUAAAACCAGUGAAGGUAAUAUUUAGUCAAGAAACAAUGAAAGAAGUUGCCCAAUGUAAAAACGCCAAAGAUCUGUUAACUAGUUUGGAAACUAAAUACAACUUCAAGACAGAGAUGCUUAACGAUAUGUUUGAUGCUGCACGCGUAUUUUAUGAUGCCGGAAAUUACAACUUAUCAUCUGAAUAUUUAAAAAUAGUCCGCCAGCUUGUAACCCCUGGGACACAAAGACAUUUGGAUGCCAGUUGGGGCCGCCUAGCCAGUGAGAUUUUAGUCCAAAACUGGGAUGAAGCAUUGGAAGAUUUAGAAAAGUUGAAGGAUGCUAUAGACUGUCAAAAUGAAGAUAGACCUGCAUCUCGUACAUAUUUAAUACAAUUACAACAGCGUACAUGGAUGUUACAUUGGUCACUUUUUGUUUUUUUCAAUCAUCCUCAGGGCAAAGAAAAAUUAAUUGAAUGGUUUAUGCAAAAUACAACACAUUUGAACGCUAUUCAGACGUUGGCGCCACAUUUAUUGCGUUACCUUACUGUGUGCGUAAUCACUAGUACUGAUAAAAAGAAAAAGAAUCUUAUACGAGAUUUAAAAUAUCUUAUUCAACAGGAAAGUUAUUCUUAUCGUGAUCCAGUUACUGAAUUCUUUGAGUGUUUAUUUGUGAAAUUCGAUUUCGAUGGAGCUCAACAAAAACUUCGAGUUUGUGAAACUGUUUUACCAAAUGAUUUCUUCUUAACUGGAUGUUAUGAUGAAUUUAUGGAGAAUGCUCGUUUACUUAUGUUUGAAUCAUUUUGUCGAAUACAUCAUAGUGUUGGAAUAAGUGUACUUGCUGAAAAGUUGAAUAUGGAUGUGGAUGAUGCGGAAAAAUGGAUUGUAAAUUUAAUACGCAACGCUCGUAUGGAUGCGAAGAUAGAUUCACAAAAGGGUGUUAUUGUAAUGGGAACACAGAAUGUUUCACCGUAUCAACAAGUUAUUGAACGAACUAAGAGUAGUGGAACAUGUGCUCAUAAACUAUUGGAAAGAUUGCGUUGGGAGAAAUCAAUCGAUACAGAACUGUGAUUUUAUUUGGUUAUAUUCUCUUAGAUAUAUCUUUGUCAUCGUUGGGGAUGAUAGAUCCCCAAAACUUACUUGGUAAAUGUCUUAUUUUUGUAAAUUUAUAUAUAUAUAUAUAUAUAUGUGUGUGUGCUCGUUGGUUCGUGCUUCCGACCGAUUGCGGAAUAUACUUUUCACUCCGCUGAAUCUAGUCUUCUUCCUUUAGUUUGCAUUGCAGGGACGCAGUGGAAUAGUUUAGUUUAUCCUGUGUUUGUGUUACUGACUUGCGUUCUGUUCGCCGGUUUUUAAUGAUAUCUUCGAACGUAGCAGCCAUUGCAAUACAUAUCGUUAUAGUUUGUAAUAAUGAGUUCGAUAGCUAUGUAAUAAGGAUGAUAAGAAUGAACACAUGUCAUGUUUAUUAUAUUCUAGACAAUUAACGGAUCGACACUAUUAUUGACUGAAAAUAAUCUAUGAAUCUGUUGUGGUAAUUUUAGAGGGCAUAAAGGGCUUCAGAAUCCUGAGGGAACAAAUGAUCACUGUCUACUAUGUGACUGCAACUCCUAACAUUGCUCCACCAUCUUGUAGAUUUGGGCUCUAUGUCAAAGAGUCGGGGAGCAACCCUCUGUGAAACCACAUGUUUCUGUUUGGACACACAUGCAGUAUCCCAACCCGUUCACAUUCAGUGAUUUCUGUGGUCCAUAUGAGUAUAUGUAUAUAUAUAUUGGUGCCCAUUUGUUGUAUUAUCAUUUUUUUUGGCAGUUGUCAUUUAAGUACCGUUUUAUUUAGAUUAUUCUUUAGUCAGUUAAUCUCGUAGUACAUCACUAGUAAUAUCUUCGUUGAAUUAUAAUUUUAGGAAGAGAGAUUUCUUACUCACAUCAAAAAACACCAUAAAUAAAGAACUAGAAUGUAUUCAUAAUAUUUUUCAUUGAAAUUAGUAAUCCAUCAGGGGUUUUCCAAAGAAGAAGUACUUACAUCUAAUGAAUAGAUCUUGUAAUGACAAGAAACAAUUCAGUAAGGAAUCUCUCUUCUUCAAUCUACAAUAUAAUAGAGAUAUAAUUUAUGAUCUACUACAAGAUAGACGGAUUAAAUUAAUCUAUUCAAUGUUUUAUUCUUGAUUAAUUUCACUACAUUAAAUAAACUGUUUUCAUUAUUUCUUUCAUUUCAUUUAUUUAAUUUUUGUUUUUUGUAUUUCAUCUUGUAGUGGACCUCUUCAAAUCUGCACGUCUAUUGAUUUGAUGCAUUGUUGUUCAGAAAGAAAAAAAUUGUUUCUUUUUUCUAUUGAUGAAUUUCUUUUCUAAACACUAUGACGUAAUAAUUAUUAUCACUGAUAAGUAUAUCCAUUCAAUUGACAUAUGUGUACUGGUGUAUCAUAUACUACCUACUGUUGUUUGUUUGUGUUUGACUACUGAGAUUCAUUUUGGGAAUAUCGUUUAGAUAAUUCGAAUCUCUUUCUGUAUAUGUAAAUGAAAUUGAUAUAACACAUUGAUUAUGUAAGAGAUGAUUGGUUUUCUUCUAUUUCUUGACAUUUUUAUGAUACACUAUUGUUUACAAUUUGGUAAUGGAUUUUCUGUCAUCAAUAAUUGAUUUCCUAUUUUUUUUCUUUUUUUGGAAGGGAGUUAUUAUAGAGAGAUGAUAAAUGAUUUUAGGUCAUAUUUAAAUUCCUCAUAAAAAUCCAACUGUUUAUUAAUAAUAUUGUAAUUAAGUCAUACAUUUCGUCAUUUGAAUUAUCG